AUGGCUACCGCCGACAGGCUCGAGAGGCGGCAGUCCUUCGACGUUGUAGCUGAACAAGUAAAACGAAAGUUCGACAUUUCCCACUUCGACCUCAAUGCCGUCAUCAGAGGUGUCCAGUUGACGCUUGUUGGUGCCCAACGGGCGCUGCAGAAUCCUGGUAUCUUCACCUCACGACACUAUAGACAAGCCGCCAUUGCUGUAGCUGCUGGCAUUCUCAUCCGCUUGCUCAUAUCAAUACCUAUCAUCGGCAUCAGGGUCCUACUCUGGUUCCUGUCCUUUGGGAUCGAUCUAAGCAAUGCUACCUGGGACGACAAGUUGGUGGGCGGGCUUGGCUUCGUUGAAGAACAUGUUCUUCAAGCCCCCCUGUUCAUGAUGAGUCUGAUGCGAUAUGUCACUCCGACGUUGGAUGAUCUAUUCAUGGACUCGAUCAGAUGGGUUGAUACAACCUAUGUCAACAAGCAUAAGCACGACGAGGACCCCAGCAAGCUUCGACCCAUGUACUAUCCCAACCUGCGCCAGUACUCGGUCAGAGACGGGACCACGAACUCGACAAGCACCGCCGAGAAUAUCUCCAUGUUUAUCUACCGGUUCGCCAGGAAAGGUGCCAUCUCGCUCGCCGUCUUUGCGGCCUCAUACCUGCCUUAUGUUGGCCGUUUCGUCCUUCCGGCAGCCAGUUUUUGGACAUUCAACAAGGCAGUUGGUCUUGGCCCCGCCUCCGUCAUCUUCGGCACCGGCGUCCUCCUGCCCAGGAGGUACCUCGUUAUUUUCCUGCAGAGCUACUUUGCCUCGAGGAGUCUUGUGAGGGAGCUGUUGGAGCCGUAUUUUGCCAGAAUUCGGUUCACCAGUGAGCAAAAGAGAACGUGGUUCCGCAGCCGUGAGGGUCUCCUGUUUGGGUUCGGUAUUGGAUUCUACAUCCUCCUCCGUGUUCCCCUUCUUGGAGUCUUGAUCUACGGUAUUGCUGAAGCUGUGAAUUAUCCCUCCUCAAGCCCUGUUAUGUAUAGUGCUAACCCAAAGAUACAGAGCGCCGCCUAUCUGAUUACCAAGGUAUCCGACCCGCCUCCGCCGCCAUCAGAGUCCAGCGGGUUCGCCGAGAGCCAACUUGAAUGGAGGAACAAGCAGAAGUUCCUCAGCCUGUCGUUGGCAAACAUGGACAGCAUCCAUGAUAAACCGCCUCCGUAUUCGGUACAUGACCCGAACCCUAAGACGGAACUCUGA